GUUACUAUAUGAAGAAUUCUAUCGUAAUCGUGAAUAUCCUUUUUGGCAAUUUGAAAAUAAUGAAAAUUUGCAAGAACCUGUUUUAUCUAAUAGUAACAUGCUAUUAGAAAAAACAUUAUUUGAAACAAGCGAGUAUGAUGAAGAUAAAACUAUAGAGUUGUCUCCGGAAGAAUUUACUAAAGAAAUUGAAAAACAUAAAUAUUUUCUUCAACAUUUACAAGAAGAAUAUGAUGCAGGUAAUUUGCAACAUGUGAAGGCUUUGCUUAAAGGUUCAAAACGAGUACGUGAAAUGAUGGAUGAUAUUGAUUGUGCCUAA